CAACCCCUCGACCGAUUUCUUCUAAGCAUUAAAUACAAACCAAAAAACAUACUCAUUCUAAAUCAUCACGACAUGUAAUAUUUUGGCAUAUGCUUUGACUGGCACUUACUCUCAUUGCCAUUAUAAUCUCCAUCAACCAACCUUUUUAAUUUCCUUGUAAUAACCUUUAACCUCCCUCAGUUUAAUCGCCAACCAAGGCGUCAAUCCUUCUGCUUAUAUCAUUAUAUAUAAUAAUGGCUGCAACAGCGUUUAAUGGGUGUCUUGGUACAAUCAAGUCCCAUGGAUACAUUGGUAGUUCUGCUCUUCGUCAAGAAUGUGGAAAUAGUACUCUGCAGGUGACCUCCAAAGUUUUUAAGACCAAUAUUGGAUUGUCGAUAAAAGAACUUGAUUGUUCUAGAAAGAGGGGUUCAUGUUUAGUUCAAGCAUCUUCUACCCAGACUACAGUUGGGGGCCAAGUCUCAAGCCCGUUAAACAACAACAUGGAAUCCCCUAAGAAAUCAAAGGAAGCGGCGUUGAUAUUGAUUAGGCAUGGUGAGUCACUAUGGAACGAGAAGAAUCUCUUUACUGGUUGUGUUGAUGUACCAUUGACAAAAAAAGGUGUAGAAGAAGCAGUCGAAGCUGGUAAGAGAAUAAGCAAUAUACCUGUGGACAUGAUAUAUACAUCUGCACUUAUUCGUGCACAGAUGACAGCUAUGCUUGCCAUGUCACAGCAUCGACGCAAGAAGGUGCCUAUUGUUUUGCAUAAUGAAAGUGAACAGGCACAAUCUUGGAGUCAAAUUUUUAGUGAAGAAACUGAAAAGCAGUGUAUCCCAGUUGUUACGGCGUGGCAGUUAAAUGAACGAAUGUAUGGAGAAUUGCAGGGUCUAAAUAAGCAGGAAACUGCUGAUAAAUACGGGAAAGAACAAGUUCAUGUGUGGCGUCGUAGUUAUGAUAUCCCUCCGCCAAAUGGCGAAAGUUUGGAAAUGUGUGCUGAAAGAGCUGUCGCAUACUUUAAAGAACACAUCGAACCUCAACUACAAACUGGUAAGAACGUUAUGAUUGCUGCACACGGGAAUUCCUUGAGGUCUAUCAUAAUGUAUCUUGACAGAUUAACUUCUCAAGAGGUUAUAAGCCUGGAACUGUCAACGGGGAUACCCAUGCUUUACAUUGUCAAAGAGGAAAAAUAUAUCAGAAGAGGAAGUCCAGCAGCGCCAAGUGAAGCCAGCGUUUAUGCUUAUACAAAGAAUUUGGCUCGUUACAGGCAAAAGUUAGAUGAGAUGGUUCAUUGAUAAAUCAGCAGACUCUACGUUUUUCAAGAACCCCUCCUGUUCAUGAAUACAUUUCUUGAAACUAUCUCUGUUCGUAUAUCUCAUGGUUCUUAAUUUCGUGUCUUCAUUUGGUGCAUCAAAUCAACUUGAACCAACAAACUGUCAGAACAUGUGUUGGUUUUCAAGAUUCAGUUAGUAAAUUGUUGUUCAAAUACAAGUCUUGUGCGGUAGAAACUCAAAUUAUGUGAUUUGUUUACAGAGUGACCUUUUUUGUUUCUUUCUUGUCAGUUUGUAAUAUUGUAUAGUUUGAUAGAAACAGAAUAAUGAUAUUUGCCUUAUUGGGUACUGCUCCAUCUUGCCUUUAAUCUAUUUCAUUUUUUAUAUCUA